UUGUUGAUCAAUUGAAUUCAUUUUUCUAUGUGUAAUAAAGAAGCAGUAGUAAAUAUUGCCUCGAAGUGAUACAAAUUAUUUUUCUGCAUGUAUUCAGAUAAAAAUGGGUAUUUAAUUUCAUGAAAUCGUAAACAAGAAUAGACAGCAGUUUCGAUAGUAAUGUGAAAAUAUGUUUGGCUACAGCAAAGAAGCAGUUCGGGUGAAAGUCAAGAAAUGUGAAGGGAAACUGCAACCCGAAUUGAGGAAGUUUUCAGUGGACCCCCAGAUAACUUCCCUGGAAGUAUUACAAAGCAUUUUAGUGAAAGCUUUUGAUAUUAAAUCUGACUUCACUCUCUCAUACAGAACUGUUGAUGAUUAUGGACAAGAGAUUUAUUUGCCUUUACUGUCCGAUUGGGAUUUGGAUGCUGCUUUUCUCAAGGCUCAUAAUAUAGCUCAAACUCAAAGAUCGGAACCAUGUGUGCAGCUGAAAGUAGAUAUGAGACCUUUUGCUGAGGCUUCUGAAGACUGGGAGCCACCUACUAUUCCAUCUGCCCCUGUCAGCCAGAACAACAAAGAACAACCCACAGUGUAUCAACCAGUACAAGUUGAAAAGCAGGAAACACAGAGUGGUUUUCAGGGGCUAAUUAUGAACCAGGUUGAAAAAACAUUUAACAUGUUUUCUAGAGCACUUAAUCUCUAUGACGAUCCUAAUACUCCACCUCGGCCACCACUAAGUGACAUUGAAUUCAGAGCAUUCUUAGAUGCAGUUGGACAAAUUAACAACACAUCUAAACUGAGAGAAGUUAUAUAUUGUGGUGGCAUUGAACCCAGUUUACGUAAAGUUGUCUGGAAGCAUAUUUUAAAUGUUUACCCCGAUGGAAUGACCGGUAAAGAAAGAAUGGAUUAUAUUAAAAAGAAAGCGAAUGAGUAUUAUGCUCUAAGAACCCAAUGGAAAGACUGCAUACAAAAGGGGAUGGUUAACGCAGACUUGGCCUACGUGACAAGUAUGGUUCGCAAAGAUGUACUUCGAACUGAUCGUCACCACAAUUUCUAUGCUGGAAGUGACGACAACCAAAACAUAGCGUCACUUUUUAAUAUUCUGACAACGUAUGCGUUAUACCAUCCUACAGUGAGCUACUGUCAAGGUAUGUCCGAUUUAGCAUCUCCUUUACUUGUGACAAUGGGCGAUGAAGCUCAUGCCUAUAUUUGUCUUUGUGCUCUUAUGAGUAGGUUGUAUCCCAACUUUCUACUUGACGGUGAAGCUAUGACAGUGAAAUUUACUCAUUUGACAGAGUCUCUCCAAGUGUACGAUCCAGACUUCUACAACUAUUUGAAGUCUCAGCAAGCCGACGAUCUCUUGUUUUGCUACAGAUGGUUGCUUUUAGAAAUGAAACGCGAAUUCGCCUUCGAGGACGCCCUCAGAAUGCUAGAAGUGCUCUGGGCUUCAUUACCACAGAAAACUCCGACUAUCGAAUUGUCCUUAAAGGAGAAGGACUUCGAUUCUACAGUCGAAGUAGAUAUUGAUCCUCCUCCUCUAAGCCCCUUAAUGAAAGCACCCCGAGAGAACGCAUACACGAAAUUGUGCGCGAUAAGACGACGAAGUUCGAGUUUUAGCUUGGCCAACGUUAAAGCGCCGAAACUCGCCACUACGAAACAAACAAACCACAGUUUAGACGAAAAUGCCACGCGUAAAGUUUUAAAUAGUUCUUCUUUAAAACACGCCAAGGAAUUCCAAAGCUUAGACGAUGCAGUUUUACACAGAAAUAAAGUGUCAAAUGAAAACGUUGCCGACAAAAGUACAGAAACUACAAUGGGGGCAUCGAAAGAUCCUAAAGUCAUUCCCAGAAGAGGGAUGAAAAGUGUUCCGGAACAUGGAAAAGUUUUAGAUGUUCCAGAAUCAACGGCAUCGGCUUGGUCCAGUACAGGAAACUUGUCCAAUGGAACCUCACACGCUGAAACAAAUGAUACGCCAUUGGGAAGUCAAAUUAGGCUAUUGAGAGACAAAAUAUCUGUUCACAAUAACAAAUUCUUUUCUUCCUUAGACACUUUAGACGAUUCCACGAGUUCAGAUUCUAACAAACCGAAAGUUAGAAUGAUUAAGAAUCUUAAUGAAUUCCUGAAUUUUGCUACGGGAACUAAAACUGGUAUGGUUAAACAAGAAAAGUUGCAGCGGACUCAUUCGGCUAUUGAGCGAACUCGUUCCAAAGAAUGUCCCAAAAUAACUUUAACCAAAACAUCAUAUGACGAAAAUGAUUUGACAUCGGCAAGUUUAAAAAAUCAAGGAAUCAAUAAAGUUAGUAAAAUGAGUUUCGAUACUAACGAUGGCAGCAGUCCAGAUGACUCCCAAGAAUAUUAUCCCAUGACGACUUCCAUGACGAGAGAAUUAAGACUGGAACUAGAACAUUUAGACCGCCAAGUGUUUGGCCCUUCUUAUGUUAACCGAUGCAGUAUGAUAUGCGAUUCACCAUCAGAUUCUACCAGUACUGAAGAAAAACCGGCAGCAACUUACACCAAAACGAAAGCAGAUUGUAUAGCAACUGAUGCACUGGAAAUACAGAACGAAGUAACCGAAUCUGUAGAAACAAUUAAAAGAUCACCUUUACUCGAAACUAUAAAAUCGAAUGCUAGAAGUGCCGAGGACAUAUAUCUGUGGGAAAACCCACUGCAUAGAAACACUCCAACCACUAGAACUACUGCGAGUUGUCCUCAGACACCUGACGAACAAGCUGAUUUGGAUUUCGAUGGCGACACGGGUGAAAUAUUCGAGGAACAUUCUGGUAAAAAAUCCAUAACACCAAUAAGGCUUUUGAGAAAAAACCACUCAUUGGAACCCCCGGAACCGUUAAAAAACAUAAGGCAUUCCAACACACAUUCCAGCGAAUCGGAUUCUUCCGAGAAGGACCAUGUAGAAUCGAUCGACACGCCUACACUUAUCCAUAAUCAACAGGAGCUUAAUUUAAAAUCCCACAAAUUUUUCUCAAACAUGUCCCAAGAGUUAGAGAACGCGAAGAGGAAUUGUGAAUCCAUUCUUAAUGUCAAACAGUCGAACUUGCAGAGUGUAGCAUCAACAAUAAACAAUUUCCAGAAAAAAUACGAGGUUUUCAAACCGCCUGUGCAAAAGAGUACGAGUGUACCGUCGGUCGGUACUGAAAGCUCUGCUAAAAAUUGUAUCAGCAGUCUACCUCCGCCGACAGUGUUUGGUGGCGGGAAUCCAUUUUUGAUGUAUUUAUGCCUGACAGUAUUGUUGCAACACAGAGAUUAUAUUAUGAGAAAUCGCAUGGACUACAACGAGUUGGCGAUGCAUUUCGACAAAAUGGUACGUAAGCAUAACGUGAACAGGGUAUUGAAUCAAGCGCGGCAAAUGUACGCUCUUUAUUUGAAGCAACAAGCACACAAGACUGGUGAUGUUACUACUUGAAGUAAUUUUUCUUUAGUGACAGCAAAGAUCUCCAAUAAAUUCAUUUUAUUGCUCACAAUUUAUUAAUUAUAAGCUUACGUAUAAGUUUAAAAUUACUGCGUCGAGUAGAUUGUAUUUAAAUGAACCCGAUAUCUAUGCAUUUCAGAGAGAUAAUAUCGAUUAAAUAAUAUGGUGUAUGUGAUGUCCUUUAAUGUAUUAAUAACAGAGGCCUUAAUUAAGUCUUUUAGUGUAUAUUUUAAGAAUGAGACGGUUAGGAAAAUAAUCCUGGGUAUUUGGCAACGCAUUUUUUUCAUGCCUUUAUUAGAUUUGACUGUAAUAAAAUAUUGUGUUCAGAAAUCCUCUUAAUUAUAGUUGUAUUUUAUUGUUACGUUAAAGCUACUGAGCAUGAAGUGUUCAACGAUGCAAUACAUUCAUAUAAAUUUAACCUUGGCACACUUGGCCGUUUGUAGUAGUUGCUUCGAUGACGAAUUUAUUUUAUUUCAAUAAAUAGAGAGAUAGACCGAUAGCUAGGCGGGUCGCGAAAAAUAUUAAAAUGUUUACGUUUAGCUUUGACUUAUUUUACUACUUUUUAUUUUACGCGCAAAAAUUUUCGAAUAUAAUGAUAAAAUAACUUUCCUUAUUUUUUAUUCCAAUGAUCAGGGUUGGACGCCUAUUGUGAUAUUAUUUUAAUUUAGUAUUACGAGUAUAUAGCUUACGGGCAUAACUUGGCGUUUUUAUUUUAUGUCUAUAACAUUAUGAAUUUUAAAUCUUGUGUGGGUGAUAAAGAUAAUAAAUGCACAAUGCUCCAAAGUUAAUGUUUAAUGAAUAAUGUGAGAUUGUAUGUUACAAAAUUUAAAUAAGAUUUGCUUCUUUAAAAUCAAUUAAUUCAUUACCAUUAAUAACAAUCAAUCGCUGACGUCAACACUGGACUGACUGUUCAUAGACAAUAUAGUGUUUUUUGUCAUUGAUAAUUUAGUUCCUUGGACUCAUAUUGCAGCUUCAAUCUAUAACCAAAGAGACAGAGACCAAAACAAACACCAUAACUGAAGUCAGUAAUAAGAGAGGUCAGUGCAAUCUAUACAAUUAGGUAACCCUCACUAUUUCUGCGGAUGUUUUUCAAUGAUACUACAUUUAUAUCUAUACUGUAUUUUUUUUAUUUAACAAUAUUUUAAUUACUAUUUUGAUAUGGGUAAGGCUACGGCUUCCCUUUUCGGGGAAACGCGUUUGAUCCCCAGCACGCACGCACCUUUGACCUUUGGAUAAAUGGGCGUUUUUUUUUUUGUUUGAACAAUAUGCUUCAACGGCGAAGACAAAACCUGCAUGCCUGAGAGGUCUCCACAAUAUUCUCAAGGGCCUGUGAAGUCUACCAAUCCGCACUUGGGCAGCUUGUUGGACUACGGUCUUAACCAUUCUUAUUCUGAUACGAUCCCCGUGUCCGGUAAUUCGUUUAUGUUUAAAAAACAAAUAAAAUAUAAAUAAAUCUUCAGUUAUUUAAUACAUAGGAAGUAUUACAUCGUUUUUAGAUUUCUCGAGCCCUUAGCCUUGUCACUUUGUCUUCGUUCUGGUAUUAUGUCUGUAUUUACGACUUAAAAGUAAAAAAAUAUUGUUAAAAAAGGAAAAAUUUAGUAUUUAGUAUUAAUCCUUUAAAUAAGCUUAUUUAUAAGCUUUAAAUUAUAGAUUGCGGCUGUAAAAAAUCAUUCGAACGUAGUACCAUAAUGAACUCAUUAUGUACUACCGAUUUUAUUAAUAGUUGUUCAAAAACUGUUCUAUCCCUUAAGUCGCGGCCGUAAAGCCUAAUUUAAACCGUGUUUAUCCACUACCUUUCUGUGGAAGUCCCUAAAUCGGUCCAGCCGUAUUGGUGAGCCGUUUCGAUUAAACAGACAGACAGACAGACAAAUAGUAUAUGCAUUUAGUAAAAAGCUGUAA